GAUCAAGUAAGUCAGAAGAAGACUCCAUUUAUCCAGAAAAACACAAUGGCAGUAUCCAAAAGCCAUCCUCCAGAUUCAGGAGGGCUCAUCUCCAACCUGUCUGUCAAUGCCGCAGAGUUUUACCCUGCCGGGUACUCUGUAGAGUGCAAUAACUAUGUAGAAGAAAAUGGAGCCUAUCCAGUCCAAGAGAUGAGCCUGGCAGAAUAUGUUCAGGACAUACUGAACCAUUUAACUCAACAGCCUGGAGGUUUUGAGGCAGAAAUCUGCCAGUUUACAGAUUUACUAAACAACUGCAUUACCACAGAAGAAUCCUUAAAGGAACUCGUGGAACUUAUCUAUCAGCAGGCAACUUCGGUACCAAACUUCUCAUACACAGGAGCACGUCUGUGCAAUCAUCUGUCUAUUAACCUACUGAUAAGCCCACAGAACUGGAACUUCAGACAGUUGCUGCUCAAGAGGUGUCAGACAGAAUUUGAAAAGAGAGACCAGUUAGCAAAAGGUGAUGAAGCUACAAGAAAGCGAUUUCAUGCUUUCGUACUGUUCCUGGGUGAACUAUAUCUCAACCUUGAGGUAAAAGGGGCAAAGGGACAGGUGUCCAGAGCACAGAUCCUGCAAAGCGGUCUCAAGGAGCUGUUGGACGCUUUAUUCUCCAAUCCUGUGGAUGAUAACGUUAUUUGUGCUGUGAAACUGCUAAAGCUAACCGGGUCGGUCCUUGAAGAUGCAUGGAAAGAGAAAGGGAUCUCUUAUAUGGAGGAAGUGAUCCUGAGAAUGAAGAAUGUAGUUCUGGAUGCAGAAUGUAGCAGGUUGAAAAUGGCAAUUAGCCCAUCGCAGGAUGUCAAACAAAUGCUACUAAAAUUGGUGGAGCUUCGGUCGAGUAACUGGGGAAGAGUUCAUACAGCGUCAACCUUCAGUGAAUCAACGCCUGAAAAUGACCCCAAUUAUUUCAUGAACGAGCCCACGUUUUAUACGUCCGAUGGCAUUCCCUUCACUGCAGCAGACCCAGAUUAUCAAGAGAAGUACCAGGAGAUGCUGGAUAGAGAGGAUUUCUUCUUUGAGGAGAAUGGGACAGAUCUACCUGGUUCAGGAGACUCUUUCCUCGAUGAUUUAGACGACAAUGAAAUGGACCCCGAGAUGGAAGAAGCUUAUGAGAAGUUUUGCUUGGAGUCAGAACGUAAGAGGAAACAGUGAAGAAUGAGAGUGGCAAGUUCGGUAUGAUGUUUAGCAAACUGGGCAGACUUAUUGUUCUUACACCAAAUUUAUUACGUUUGAGCUUAUCAGAAACUUAGAAGUUUAUGCAAAACCCCUUGAUAAACUGAAUGCCAAAAAGUGUAUGCUGAUACCCUGUAACUUAAAGAUAAAUAGUUUGUGUAUAUAUUAUAGUUUAAUUUCUGUACAGUUCAAGGGAAAGUAUGUU